CCAUCCCCGCCACCACCAUCCUCGCCGCCCCACCGCCCAAUUCUCGCCGGCUGGAAUUCUUUGCCUGUUUAUUAUAAGAUGGGCAAUGUCGGGCACAUGGAUUUAACGCACCGGGUGUCGGUCCCGCCGCCGGAGCCUUUCUUUCAGGCGAUGAAAGCGUCGGUAAAGGAAAUGUUCUUCCCCGACGACCCGUUUCGCCGGUUCAAGGGGCAGUCGGCCCGCCGCAGGGCCGUUCUGGCGUUCCAGUAUGUCUUCCCCAUAAUGGAAUGGGCCCCGACGUACACGAAGGAGUUUCUGAAGUCGGACCUGAUCGCCGGAAUAACCAUCGCCAGCCUCGCCAUUCCGCAGGGCAUUAGCUACGCCAAGCUCACCAACCUUCCUCCCAUCUACGGCCUCUACUCGAGCUUCGUGCCGCCGUUGAUCUAUGCGAUAAUGGGUAGCUCGAGGGACGUGGCAAUAGGUACGGUGGCGGUGGCGUCGUUGCUGAUGGCAUCGAUGCUGGGGAAGGAGGUGUCGGCAGCGGCGCAGCCGGGUCUAUACAUCCACCUGGCCUUCACGUCCACUUUCUUCGCCGGAGUGUUCAUGGCCGCCCUUGGAUUUCUCAGGUUGGGGUUUAUAGUGGAUUUCUUGUCGCAUGCAACGAUCGUGGGAUUCAUGGCGGGGGCCGCUACCGUAGUCUCCCUGCAGCAGCUGAAGGGCAUGCUGGGGCUGCAACACUUUACCAACGAGACCGAUCUCCUCGACGUCCUGCGCUCAGUCUUCUCCCAGUCUCACAAUUGGAGAUGGCAGAGCGCGGUCUUUGGCUGUUUCAUCCUCAUCUUCCUCCUCCUCAGUCGCCACAUAAGCAAGAAAAGGCCGAGAUUUUUCUGGAUAUCAGCCAUGGCUCCACUCAUCUCAGUCAUACUUGGAACCCUCCUUUCCUACCUUACCCACUCCGACAAACACGGCAUCCAGGUGAUUGGGAGCCUCAAGAGAGGAGUGAACCCACCAUCGGUUAGUGAGCUAACGUUCUCGACCCAGUACUUGGGUCUCACCGUUAAGACCGGGAUCAUGACAGGCAUCGUUGCUCUAGCCGAGGGGAUGGCGGUUGGAAGAAGCUUUGCCAUGUUUAAGAACUAUCAGAUUGAUGGAAACAAAGAAAUGAUAGCUUUCGGGAUGAUGAACAUUGUUGGGUCAUGCACAUCCUGCUAUAUAACCACAGCACCAUUUUCACGAUCGGCGGUGAACUUCAACGCCGGCUGUAAGACUGCAACUUCCAACAUUGUGAUGGCAACUGCUGUUAUGGUCACGCUGCUCUUGCUGACUCCAUUGUUCUACUACACCCCCCUUGUUGUCCUCUCCGCCAUCAUCACUGCUGCAAUGCUUGGCCUCAUUGAUUACAAGGCUGCCAUCCAUCUCUGGAAGGUUGACAAAGCCGAUUUCAUCGUUUGCAUCGUCGCCUUUCUUGGUGUUGUCCUUCGGAGCGUAGAGGUUGGCCUUAUCAUUGCGGUUGCUAUAUCUGUGCUUAGACUUGUUCUUUUCAUUGCAAGACCCCGAACUUCAGUUCUCGGGAAAAUCACAGAUUCUGUAGGGAUCUACAGAAGUGUCAGCCAAUACCCGACUGCCACUCGCAUUCCCGGCAUUCUUGUUCUUCAAAUUGAUUCACCAAUGUACUUUGCAAAUGCAGGCUAUCUGAGAGAAAGGAUCUUAAGGUGGAUGGAUGAGGAAGAGGAUAGGCUUAAAGCUUCUGAGGAGGACACUCUCCAAUAUGUGAUCCUUGACAUGACUGCGGUGGGAGGCAUUGAUACCAGUGGGAUAAGCUUGCUACAAGAGACCAGAAGGAACAUGGAAAGGAGGGGACUGAAGCUUGCAUUAGCAAACCCCGGAACAGAUGUAAUGGUGAAAUUGGUGAAGUCUGAAUUUGUCGAUUCCCUUGGCCAAGAGUGGAUAUUUCUCACAGUGGAAGAAGCGGUCGAUGCUUGCAAGUUUAUGUUCCACACUUACAAAUCAGACAUCCCCAACUUAACCACCAUGGACAUAAUUGAUGCUCAAGCCAACGUUUAAUGGAGCAAAAAUUUGCCGUGAAUAGCUCAUGAUGUGUGGCAGCAGUAAGCGCUGUGGCAUCAGAUGCAGUGUCACUGGAGAUUUCCCAAAUUUGCUUGAAAUUUUUGAAGGUGAAGCAGGCAUGCCACAAGCAACUUCACACUAAUUAGGUGGAGGUUGUUAGAUCCACAUGCUUUUCGUUAUAUGUGCGAAGGCAGAUUUAUUUAGCCAAUGUGUCAACUACUGCAUACAAUAAGUGUAAAUUCCCUAAAAUUUUCAUGAUUUUUUUUUAAUGCUUAUCGUCUUGCUGUCCAACAGCAUCCAUGGAGUUGGAAAUUUGUAGGCC